CAUUCUCGAGUCUCAACAGCUGUGAGAAAAAAACAUGACGCAUUGCACGAGUCACGAGUAACUUCGAGAAUUUUUGGAACAGCAAGAUAUUCUGUGGUGGAUAUAAUUAUUCGAACGCGAUAAAAAUGAUUGACGUAAGCCCAGAAGACGUUAAGCGUGCUGACGAGAGCGUGCUAAAGCUGAUAGACAGCAUUCACUAUGGAGAAAUUAAGGGCACGCACAACAUCGUGGUGGCUACGAUCUCCGUGCUCAAGGAGAUCAUCAAUAAUACAGAGUGGAAUACAGCGAAAGACUUGAUGGAUAUUGUCGUGCGAAACGGAAAGUAUCUGAUCAAAGAGCUUCCUCUUGAAGCAUGUAUCGGAAACAUGGUAAGGAGGAUAUUGCAGAUUAUUAGAGAAGAAUAUACCUCGAAAUUGAAGAACAAGACGGACGAGACGUAUCCCCAGGAGUCCUUGCACAAGAUUCUUACUGCCGAGGAUGACCAGCAGAUAGAUUUCAACGUCUCGAUACCGUCCCUCAAAGUCUCCCUCAUCGAACACAUUAACGAAUUUGAAACCGAAUUGGAAACAUGUUCAGAAAACAUCACACGACAAGCGUCUAAACAUAUACACUCGAACGAAAUUAUAAUGACCAUCGGUAAGUCGAAGUUGGUGGAGGAAUUUUUCAAGGAGGCCGCCGCUACCAGAGCCUUCGACGUUAUAGUAGCCGAGGGCGGACCAUCGCUAAGCGGCCAGGAGAUGGCGGUGAAUCUGGCCAAGGCGAAGAUCAAGACCACGCUGAUCUCGGACGUGGCGAUCUUCGCGAUGAUGUCCCGCGUCAACAAGGUCAUCAUCGGCACUCACACCGUCAUGGCGAACGGCGGGCUCCGGGCGGUCUCGGGCGCGCACACCGUCGCGCAAGCCGCCAAGCAUUAUUCCGUUCCAGUGAUGGUUCUGCUGCCGCUCUACAAGCUCGCGCCCCUCUAUCACUGCUCGGGCAAGCACAAUGGCUUCAACUGCUACGUUUCGCCGAUGCACGGCGUAAUCGACAGUACCAAUGCACCGUUGCUGGAACGGAUACACGCUUACAAUCCGGUGUUCGAUUACGUUCCACCGGACCUCGUCACAUUAUUCAUCUCGAACAUAGGUGGAAAUGCACCGUCUUAUGUAUAUAGAUUGCUCAGUGAAUUGUACCAUCCUGAUGAUUAUGAAUUAUAAACAGUUAUGUACUUAUAUUUAAA